AUGGCAAAAGCGGAUCUACUGGUUGUUUUCUUUGACCUGAUAUUGAGGCAGAUUCCGAUUGUUUAUUCAGAACAGUUUUAUUUCCUGCAGUCCAUCCCUGUGUGUAAUAUUCACGCUGUCCUACUUUAUGCAGCCACUGACUGUUCUGUCUGGUUUACUGUCGCUUUCACCUUUGAUCGAUUUGUGGCCAUUUGUUGCCAGAAGCUGAAAAGCAAAUAUUGCAGCAAGAAAACCGCGGCUGUGGUCCUGGGAACAGUGACUGUGCUGAGCUGUUUGAAGAACAUAUUCUGGUAUUUUAUGUUAACAGGUUUGUAUUGGUUUGGAAAUGAACCAUGGUUUUGUUCUGUGAAAAUCCAUGUUGAGGAUUCUCCCGUCUGGACAACAAUCGAGUUCCUCCACCACAUUCUAACACCGUGUGUCCCAUUCGUCCUGAUUCUUCUGCUCAACGUUUUCACCAUCAGACACAUCUUAGUGACCAGCAGAGCCCGCAGGAGACUCCGGGGUAACAACAGUGGAGAGAGUUGCAAAGACCCAGAGAUGGAGAGUCGACAGAAAUCCAUAAUUUUACUAUUUGUUAUCUCCUCCAAUUUCAUCCUGUUAUGGUCACUGAUAAUGGUGUUUUCCAUAUGGCGACGGAUGUUUCGUUUGGGGUAUACAUCUAUUUUUCUACAUUAUUUUGUUCAAGAAUUGGGAUUCAUGCUUCAGCUCCUGAGUUGCUGCACAAACACUUGUAUUUACGCUGUGACCCAGAAAAAGUUCCGAGAGCAGUUGCAAAAUGUGCUUAAAUGUCACUUCACUGUAACUGGUCAAUACAUUCAGUGA